UUCCUCUAAGGGCAUUUAUAAACAUCUAAUAGCGAUGGUGAUUAGCAGAUUGUGGGUAAGCCUCGAUUAAUGUUUCAAUCCACAAUUCAAACUAACUACGAGAGAGCUCACAAUGUAUUCACCAAUGCAUAUUUGAUAAACGGUAUUCAGUGACACUUCGUGGAUCAUUAGAAGGUGGAAGGUACACUGGAAAGUAAAAGAACUGUUGGACGAAAAGGGGAUGGUAGCAGCCUAAAAGACGAUGUUUGCUCUUUGGUAUUUUCCUGUUGCUAUGGUAGCAAUCAGAGCUGUUAGCAGCUCCGUUUCUUUACCCGCAAGGUUUUACAAGCCAGGUCGUGGGCUGUUUUUAGAGCGAUGGAUGUUUACAUCUAAAGGCUACCAACUGAACGAGUUUGACGAAAUACCUAAUUAUCCUGGCUGCCCAACUCACACAGAGAACUUGAAUAAAUUUGAGAAGAACCAGCUGAUAAAAGGCACUUACCAACAUUGUCGCUUCAGUGCAUAUUUUGUUUCCCCACAAUCAGGAAAUCACAAGUUUUUUGUUAUAUGCAAUAACCAUUGCAAACUUGAGAUCGAAAUGAAGCCAUUUGGCGUCAAAACAAUAUUGACGACGAAUGAAAGAACAACCUUGGAUUGGAACGAUAGAAAAAAAUCUCAACCUGUGAAUCUCAUGAAUGGAUUCCGAUACUUGGUCAGGCUGUAUAUGUAUGGCAAUGGCAAGUUUGAAGACUUUGCAGCCCUUGGAGUUGAGUUUCCGGAUGGCACAAAAGUGAACCCGAUUGAUGAAAGAUUUGUAUGGAGAUCAACGACACUUUAUAGAUGGCAAGGACUGUUGGGACAGCAAUAUAACGGAAUCAUUUGGGAUAAUUCGCGGAAAAUGUCAGAGUUCUACAAGGACAACGCAGCUAGUUUCCCUGACAACCCCUCUUCAUACUGUUGUCUGCCGACAUUGUACGAACCGGAUCAGGAUUUGGCUGAAUACUAUGCCAUGAAAUUUGCUGGCUACAUUAAUUUUCCUGAAAAUACUCAAUACGAAUUCAAAUUUCAUGCUAACGAGAUAGCUGAGCUAAAAAUAAUUAAAAGCAGUACCACAGAGAUUGUUAAAACGGCUGACCUAAUUAAGUACCCAACAAUCUUUGAUGGUGGAAGUUUCAUUAACUCUACAUGGUAUCCUGUAGAAGUUACGAGAGUUGAAAGCGAAGGUCGCGAUUGGAUCGAAGUCCAAUAUAAACAUGGGUCCAAUGCUUAUAGUUCUUCUUGGAGCGGAAAACUGAAGAAUCUCCUCGGCAGUCACACAGCAUAUCGCCUAUCUCCUCCAACCCUGACAAUGGUUAGUUCCUCCGUGAUAUCAGCAAAACUUUCACAAGAGCCAUUUCUACCUGCUACCGACUAUUGGAUUCCAGCCGAAAAAUAUGACAUUCUCGCCUUUGAAACGAGUGCUGGCGAGAGCGCCGUCGUGCAGAAGCGGGAGUUCACCGGCAAUCUGCCUCAUGAAUACAACUUCACUGGGUUGAAGAAUUACACAAUGUAUUCAUUCUACGCCCAUUACUACGGACAAAUCAAUGGAAGCAACACGUAUAAUAUCAUUACAUCUUUGUCUGAAAUGAGAACAGACGAAAAUGUUCCUGAAGUACCACCUCGCAACAUAUACUCAAUGGUCAUUUCUUCAAAGUCGAUACUAGUAUCAUGGCAUGCUCUUGUUGAUCCUGACCUUCUCAACGGAUUGUGCACUGGUUAUGAAGUAAAAUACAGAGUAAAAGAACCCCUCCAAAAAAAUUGGACAUCGUUAAUAAUAGAAAAAGGGACAAGAGAAUUCAAGCCCACACACUUAGAAGAGUAUACAAAAUACGAGGUGAUUGUAGCUGCACGAACAAGCAAGGGGAGUGGAGUGUUCAGUCAACCAAUUGAACGCACUACGAAGGAGGACAAUCCAAGUGCACCACCAGUGGAGAUAGUGGCAAGAAAUACCAGCUCAUCAAGUAUACACAUUGAAUGGGACGAAGUACCAUAUUGGGAUCGAAAUGGCAUUAUAACCAAUUAUAAGAUAUUCAUAUCUAAACACGAGAACAUGGGAGGUUCCGAUAAGGAAACUGUAACAGAAAAAUUCCACUCAAUUAAUGGACUUGAUAUUUGGGAAUUUUAUUACAUUCAAGUUUCUGCAUCGACAACCAUUGGAGAAGGACCUAAGAGCAACGUGAUACGUGUAAGAACAGAUGAAGACAAGCCUGGAGGGCCACCAACCAACGUAAAAACGCGUGCACUUUCUAGCUAUUCAAUUAAUGUCACUUGGUCAGAGAUACAGGCAUCGAAAACAUAUGGUGUCAUUGUCUCAUACAAAGUAACAUGCAAAAGAAGUGACGGUCAAGGAUCAGUGAAAGAGGUUGUUACUUCCGAGAAAACUGCUCUGCUGCUAGGGCUAGAAAGUUAUGUUGAUUAUGAUAUCAAAGUUGCUGGCGGUACAAUAAAAGGCUUUGGUGUCAACUCUUCCAAAGUGACUGAAAAAACGUUAGCAUUCAAACCUACUGCAGCUCCAGUGAAUAUUAACGGGAAAAAUAUCAGCUCAACAGCAAUACAAGUAACCUGGGGUCUGGUACCAACUGAAGAACAAAAUGGUGUAAUCUCUGGCUACAACAUAAUAUACAAAGCAGAAGAAGACUCUGAUGAUGCCUGGAAAAGUAUCACAGUUAGUUCGCAAACAAGGAUCACGAAAAUUACUGGCCUAGAAUACUACACAAUGUAUAAUGUCAGAGUUGCCGGUAUAAACAGUGUUGGAAUUGGAGUGUACAGCAACAUCACUGAUAUACGUACAGAUGCACACGCUCCUGGAAGACCCCCUGUUAACUUGACUGGAAAUUUCAUCAAUCAUACUGCAAUUAUGAUGAGUUGGGGGCGUGUCCCAGAAGCAUUCAGAUUUGGCAUAAUAGAGGGAUAUAGACUGUACAUAAAGGACAAAACACUAAAGAAGGCAUCUUGGAGAAGUGUAACGAUUCCAAAUCGAUUCGAUGGAAAUGAUAAAUUUAGCUACACAUUCGCUGACCUCAAAAUCUACACUCCAUAUCUAUUCAAAAUAACGGCUUUUACAAUCAAAGCAGAAGGGCCUUCAAGUCGUAAUGUAACAGUCUGGACAGAUGAGUAUAUUCCUGAAGAGCAUCCAAAGAAUGUAACUGGGUUAGGUGAAACAUCUACCGAAAUCUUUUUACAUUGGGAUGCUAUGGAGGAAAUUCAUGGUGAUGCAAAUGGAAAGGUUCUGGGACACACAGUGAAGUAUCAUGUCUUUGACUGCCACGAGGAUAGGCCAAAGGGAUGCGAUGAACAUGAAAUCUUCCAUUUGACAGUGAAUGGCACUAAUCCUAUCAUCAAGAUUCCAAAUCUAAGAAAAUACACUCAGUACAAUAUAUCAAUUCAAAUGUUUAAUAUUAAAGGAAAAGGAAACUUUUCAAGUGAAAUUACUGUGAGAACGGAUGAGGACAAGCCUGAUGCACCUCCAACAUAUGUCGAAGCAUGGCCAUCAACAUAUGAAUCAAUUAAAGUAUUCUGGAGUCCGAUACCGGAAUCAUUUAGAAACGGUAUAAUACUUGGUUACCGGAUAUUCUAUAAACCAAUUGACGUUGCAUUGCGGAAAUAUUCUCGAUCACCGAGGGCAGUAAACCCGUUUGCGAUAUAUGGCGCCGAGCCCGGUGAGAAAAUGAAAGAGGUCAAUGAAACGACAUUUGAAACUGAAAUCACAGAAUUGCAAGAGUAUCACUGGUAUCAAGUCAGAGUCGGUGCUUAUACAUCGAAAGGACUUGGUGUAACCUUUACACUCAAUGGUACAUGCAAACAGAAAGCUCCAUCUGUUGCUCCAUUGAUUGCUAGCCUCAAAGAUAUGUAUGACUUUUAUGAGGUAUCGCUGAAUUGGAAGGAGGUCAAUCAGACUGGCGCCAAUGGAGAGGUCCUCGGGUAUCGCAUAAAAUACUGGCUUUCGGAGCAGAAUUAUGUACCUGUAUCUGGAAGUAAUGUAAGCGAAUUGCUGGUCUUCGCACCGAAUAAAACAUUGAAAAUUGAAGAUCUUCAACCCUACGCUAUUUAUGGAAUCAACGUUUCUGCGUUCACAGAAGGAGGUUACGGGCCUGAAUCUCCUGUGGUUUAUGGAGAAACAUGCAGAUGCCCUAAGAUUUUAUCUUCGUCAAUUCUACAUCUGCCACCGCUGGUACACAAGAACCUUCCAAACGAAUCUGUUAUGCAAGAUAUGAUCAAUGAGGCAAUUAUCAAUUGUUGCGGAAAUUGCUCGGGCAGUCAUGGAAUGACCGAAGUUGACUGGAAUAGGGAUGCUUCCAACACGUCAUCAUUGAAAAGCAACCGAGUCUCUGCUGUGGAUUCGCUCAACUUAGGAACUCAUGUAACAUUGCCGUUUUACAACGAAUUCUUGGAAAUUCAAGACAAACAGAUAUAUACAUACGUUCCAAUUGUUCCUGUUACAACGUUCUUGGUUUUUAAAAAGAAGAUAACAUUGAAAGUUCUUGGAAAUUUUGGUGCAAAGAUUGUUCUGAAUUCUUUGUGGCAACAUUACCCUCUAUUAUUGGUUUCAUUUGUUCUUACAUUGCUGGCAGGGAUCGUCUUCUGGGCUGCGGAGUCUGGCAACAAUACUGCCGAAUUUCCAAGCACGUACUUGAGAGGGGCUGGAAGUGGUCUUUGGCUGGCAUUUAUCACAAUGACAACAGUUGGAUACGGUGAUCUUAAUUUGAUGACAAAAUUUGGAAGAUUUAUUGCUAUGACGUGGAUGCUAAUUGGCUUGGUGUUAACGUCGCUGAUCAUUGGAAGUUUAUCAACAAUUUUCGGUACCGAAUUUGUUUAUGAUCCAAAACCAAUAGAGAUAGAUGGAAAGGUACUCGGCUCCAAUGAAGCCCUGAUGAUUGCUUCUAAACUCUUCGGCAGAAAGGUCACCUUGGGUAAUGUGUCAGAUGGUAACUUCGUUCAAAAACAACUUCUUUCUGGCCGAGUAUCAAAAGUUUUCCUGGAUUCUUUUCAAGCCAAUGCUUUGCGCAAGUUUCUUAAUCAUCCAGAAAUUGCCCUGGACUCGAUUCAUAACGCAAAGGCAUCAUAUGGUGUUCUUCUUUCGGGUGAUGCAAAACGCAUUUCAAAGUGCGUAAAGAAGUACGUAACGGAAAACGAGCAACGAUUAUUCGAGCGGAUAGCUAAAGCGACUACCAGUUUUAAGCUGGAAUCCUCUUUUCAAUAUGACUUAGUAAAGCACAUGACGUCACCUCAUUCUGACUUGAUGGAAAAUACUACACUUUAUGGAUGCAUAGCGCUUGCUCUCUUAACUAUCAUUGGCAUAAUUUAUGAGAUUGUACGCUACACUAGAAGACGUGCCAAAAUUAAUGUUGCUCCAAGCGAAACACAGGCAUUCUUUGAAGAAGUUGAUAUGAGCAUUGACAGCUUUGAGCGAUCAGUUGUGACGAAGACAGCUGGGAUUGAAGCGCAGCAUAUAGAAGAAAGGUUAAAGUUAUACAAAAUGCAAGCUGGAAAAUACGAGCAGCUGUUGAAAUACUAUCCUGAUUUACCGUUAUAUGAUCCCACCUUGCCUAAAGUAACAAGAAAAAACGAAGUGAAGAUGCAACCUGAAGAGGAAAGUGGUUUUGAAUUAUGUUAUGACGAAGAUUCCUUCGAUGGCGAUGAAAUUGAUAUGCCGAUCGAUUACAGGAGAUCUGAAAUAAACUUGCAGCUGUAACAGACCAAUUGACAUCACUUAAAGCCACAUAGAUAAGCUUCAUUAACAGGCUGUAGUGCUUCUGGAUGGGUAUAUCCUAACCUCAGUCAAGAUCCAUUUAGAAAACUUUAAAAAAUGGUUCGUAAAAGACCAAGGAGUUUGAAUAUUUAUAUGCCAACCUGGACCAUAAGUACCCGUUUGACAUAUUAUCUUUGUAAAAAAGACACAAAACAGUGCCAUACACCAAAUACUCUACGUCUGCCAAGAUUUGUCAAACUUUUAUAGAAUAUUUCUUCAGCUUGUUAUCAUAAAGUAUGAAAACCGAUUUAUUUGGUAUUAUCUUCUGUACAAGCCAACUGUACCCAUGAACAGCCGUGCAAAUAUAUUUUACUUAAGCAGAUUUUUUCGGGAAACAUUAUUUAAGCAAAAGUUGAAGGUUGCACUAUCAUAAAAUUUCCUCCUAAGUUGAAGAAAAUUGUAUACUGAUCGAAUACAAGAGAUUUGAAAUCAACUUGAGACUGUAACAGAGGGGUUUUAAUGAUUUUAAGUUGAAAAACCGACCUCAGUAUUUACCUGUAGUAAAAUAAUUAUCCGUAGUUUCAAAGAAUAAGUUAAAAAUAUUUCUCUGAAGUUGCAUUUUUCAUGAUAAAUUGUAUUUAUACAGGAAAAAUUGGUCAGGUUGCAUAGGAGCUUUUAUCAUUAAUGUUCCUGUUAACAUUAAAAGUUUAAGUAAAUUAAAGAUGUGACAUUACAAAUUCAAGUUUAGACAGUACAAAGUUUA